AUGUCUCCACCUCUGGUAAUCAAGAACGGUACCGUAGUGAAUGAAGAUGGCAUGUUCAAAGCCGAUGUGCUCGUCAAAAAUGGAAUUAUUGUCGAGGUAUCCCCAAAAAUCAUUGCCCUUCCGGAAAUGGAAAUCAUCGAUGCGACGGAUCGGCUAGUGAUUCCUGGUGGAAUCGAUCCACAUACUCAUAUGCAAAUGCCAUAUGCCGGAGAGGUCACAAAAGACGAUUUUUUGAGAGGAACACAAGCGGCCGUGGCCGGCGGAACGACUAUGAUCAUUGAUUUCUGCUGUCCGGACCAUCGAAAUGGCGAGUCACUCAUGGCUGGAUAUGCGAGAUGGAGAAGUUGGGCAGAUCCAAAAGUGUGCUGUGAUUACGGUUUAUCAGUGGCCAUCACUCAAUGGAGACCAGAAACUGCUGAUCAGAUGGCAGUGAUAACAAGCCCAGAAUUUGGUGUCAACUCUUUCAAGUUCUACAUGGCAUACGAAGGAACUCUAAUGGUUCGAGAUGACGAAAUGUACCGAGCAAUGCAAGAAUGUGCUAAAUUAAGAGCACUGGCUAGAGUUCAUGCUGAAAACGGAUCUGUGAUCAAAGAGAGGGAAAUCGACUUAUUGGCCAAAGGAGUCACCGGACCAGAAGGCCAUACACAGAGUCGACCGGAAGAGAUUGAAGCCGAAGCUACAAACCGUGCAUGUGUGCUCGCAGCUCAAGCUAACUGUCCAGUCUACAUCGUUCACGUUAUGACCAAGGGAGCAGCCGCGGCUAUCUCCCACCAUCGUGCUCAAGGAUCCAUCGUUUUUGGAGAACCAAUUGCUGCUGGUUUGGCACUUGAUGGUUCCCAUUAUUAUAAUGAAGACUGGCUUCAUGCUGCCCGAUAUGUCAUGUCUCCGCCAUUGAGUCGUGAUCCAACCACUCCGGAACUUUUGAUGAAGUUGUUGGCUGCCGGCGAGCUGCAUUUGACAGGAACCGAUAACUGUACUUAUGAUGGGUGCCAGAAAUCUCUCGGAAAAGGAAACUUUACGAAAAUCCCGAACGGAAUCAACGGAGUUGAGGAUCGUAUGUCAGUUGUCUGGGAGAAAGGAGUGCAUUCUGGAAUUAUUGAUCCAAUGAGAUACGUUUCAAUUACAAGUGCGACUGCUGCAAAAAUCUUCAAUAUUUAUCCCAAGAAGGGGCGAAUCGCAGUUGGAUCCGAUGCCGAUAUUGUGAUUUUUAAUCCAAAUGCGACACGGACCAUUUCAGCGGAGACACAUCAUCAUAAUCUAGACUUUAACAUUUUCGAAGGAAUCAAAUGCCACGGUGUUGCUGAAAUCACCAUUUCCAGAGGCCGCAUUGUUUGGGCUAACGGGCAGCUCCAAACCGUUCCAGGAUCGGGAAAAUUUGUUCCACUUCUUGCCAACUCUCCAUUCGUCUUCUCCAGUCAUGAGAUUCGGGAAAAGAAGAAGGAGCCACGGAUAGUCGAGAGACUUGAAUAA